AUGGCAGUCGCACGGCCCUCCCUGCGGCGCCUGGUGGUGCGGGCAGACGGCGCAAAUGGCUCCAACAAUGGCAGCGACGUCGAGAACGUUGUGAUCAUCGGCAGCGGCCCCGCCGGCUACACGGCUGCCAUCUAUGCUGCCCGUGCCAAUCUGCGGCCGCUGGUGUACGAGGGCGUGAACGCAGGCGGCGUGCGGGGCGGGCAGCUGAUGACCACCACCGAGGUGGAGAACUUCCCGGGAUUCCCUGAGGGCAUCACGGGGCCAGACCUUAUGGACCGCAUGCGGGCGCAGGCCGAGCGCUGGGGUGCCCAGCUGAACACCGAGGACGUGGAGGCCGUGGACCUCUCCUCCCGCCCCUUCACCAUCCGCGGCACAGACACGACCGUGAGGGCGCACAGCGUCAUCAUCGCCACGGGGGCCACCGCCAAGAAGCUGGGCAUACCCUCGGAGCAGCAGUACUGGAGCAGCGGCAUCUCUGCCUGCGCCAUCUGCGACGGAGCCUCCUUCAUCUUCAAGGGCCAGGAGCUGGCGGUGGCGGGGGGCGGCGACACGGCCACUGAGGAGGCGCUGUACCUCACCAAGUAUGCCUCGCACGUGCACCUGCUGGUGCGCGGCGAGGCGAUGCGUGCCAGCAAGGCGAUGCAGGACCGCGUGCUGAAGCACCCCAUGGUCACCGUGCACUUCAACACCCAGAUAGACGACGCCUUUGGGGACGGGCAGGCCAUGCAGGGCCUGCACCUGCGCAACGCAAAGACGGGCGAGACUUUUGACCUGCCAGUCAGGGGCCUGUUCUACGGCAUCGGCCACAAGCCCAACUCAGACAUCCUGGGCGGCCAGGGGAAGCUGGAUGCGGGCGGGUAUGUCAGGGUGCAUGACGGCUGCAAAACCAACAUCGAGGGUGUGUUCUCUGCGGGGGACCUACAUGACACAGAGUGGCGGCAGGCGGUGACGGCGGCGGGCAGCGGGUGCAUGGCGGCGCUGAGCGCGGAGCGCUACCUCAGCGCCGAGGGCCUGGCCACCAUCCACACCCAGCAGGAGCAGCCCGCAGAGGCCACGCAGAGCCACUCGGAGGCGGCGGCCAGCAGCAGCGCCACCGCCGAGGCGCGCAAGGCGAGCGAGGAGGCCUCCUUUGACCUCGAGGCCGACCGCCACCAAGGCCAGUUUGCGCUGCGCAAGCUGUACCACGCCAGCAGCCGCCCCAUCGUGGUGCUGUUCACAGCACCCACCUGCGGCCCCUGCCGCACCCUCAAGCCAAUCAUGGCCAAGGUCAUCGCAGACUACCCUGGAAAGGUGCAUUACGUGGAGAUUGACAUUGAGGAGGACCCAGACAUUGGGCAGUCGGCGGGGGUGCAGGGCACGCCCACGGUGCAGAUCUUCAAGGACAAGGAGCGGGUGGCCAACCUGCCGGGCGUGAAGAUGAAGCGGGAGUACAAGGCUCUGAUUGAGCAGUACCUGGAGGUGCCGGCCACGGCAUAG